AUGAGUUCCACCGCCCACAAGGAUUAUCAUGAUAAGGCAUUCCCGGCAAAAAAAUUAGUUGAAGUUUACUUUUGUGACGAUAGUUUCCCAUUAAUAAAAGAAAACGUGGAAUUUCCAAUGGAACAAAUACAUACAGAUAUCGAUUCAGGAUUGGGUAAAAAAGAUGAGUUGUCAAGCGGUAACAUUGUCCCACGGGCUACCCUGGAAAUUGGAGUCGUGAAGGGAGAAACAUUGAUUGAUUUUAGUGUUGGAGCCACAGCAAGCCAUCUUAUACCAGUUUGCAAUGGAUUCAAAGAUAUAUAUGUGGUAGAAGUUAAUGAGAGAAACAUCAAUGAAUUUGAGAAAUGGCGACAAAAUAAACAAGACGCUGUUAACUUCUCAUAUGGGGCGAAGGUUCAUCAUAAGUUAGAAGGAGGCAGAGAAGCAUGGCACAUGAAGGAAGACAAAGCAAGACAAGCAAUUAAAGGAGUAAUACAAUGGGAUAUUUCUAACGACGAUCAAGUCCCUGUCGAUUUACCCCAAGCAGACUGCAUUCUUAGUCUAUACCUACUGAAUGUUAUCAGCAAAGACAAAGACACCUACCAGAGAAACCUGAAAAAAAUGACAUCCCGACUUAAAAUCGGGGGGAGCCUGUUACUAUUUUCACCCAUAAAUAUGACAUUUUAUAUAAUUGAUGAUCACAAGUUCUUCGUCUUACCUGUCGAUGAAGAUUUUGUAAAACAGACAGUAAAUAAUGCUGGUUUUGUCAUUGAAAAAGUGAAUGUAUUGCCUAGCAAAAAAUCUUGUGACCUGGUUGAUUAUGAUUCCGUAAUUUAUCUAAGAUGUCGCAAGAAGAAUGAUGUUUAG